AUGAGUUCCACAGAAUCAAUGACCAAGGUCUCGCUGUCGGUAAAGAUGGCGGCUAUUAGCGAGCAGUGGCUGGAGAUCGAGAAGGCAGAGAAGGAGAAGCGGCGGGAGCUGGUAUUCCAGGGUCCGGCUGUGGAUGACAAGCUGCGGGCGUGCGGCGGCCAGCUCCCCCCGGCUCUGUUCACCCUCUCCCUCCUGAACUACCUGGAGGUGAGCGGCUGCUCGGAGCUGCGGGAGUUGGGUGACGGCCUGGGGCUGCUCUCCCACGUGCAGAGCCUGGUGCUGUGCCGCAAUAAGCUGCAGAGGAUCCCCCCGGCCCUGGGCAAGCUCCAGGCCCUGCGGGUCCUCGAUCUGUCCGGGAACGAGCUGGAGGAGCUGCCGGCGGAGAUCACUCGGCUGUCUGACCUCUGCACCCUGAAUGUCAGCUGCAACCGCCUGCGGGAGCUCCCUGCCGGGCUGGAGCGAUGUACUAAGAUCGCCGGGCUCAACCUGUCCAAGAACUGCAUCACCGAAUUCCCUCCCGGGUUCUUGUGCUCCCAGCUGGCCCUGCUGGCCUCUAUAUCGGCUGCAGACAACCGAAUCCAGGAGCUGGGGGAGGAGAUCGGCCUCCUGCAAGGGUUAAAGAGUCUGGACCUCUCCAACAACCAACUCACUGACAUCCCUUGUGAGUUGGCAGAUUGCAGUAAGUUAAAAGAAAUCAACUUCACGGGCAACAAGCUUAAAGACAAACGCUUGGAAAAGAUGGUAAAUGGCUGUCAAACAAAGUCUGUAUUGGAUUAUCUACGGGUCGGGGGACGUGGAGGAGGAAAAGGAAAAAAGACAGAAAAUGCUGUAAAGGAAGACGUGAAAGACAAAAAGAAAAAGCGAGAGCGUAAGCAAAAGAAGGAUAGUGGAGGAGAUGAAGUUGACCCAGAUGAAGAUUUGAAUAAAAUGAUGCUAAAAAUCCUGCAUAUUUCAGAGAACUCAUCGCCACUCAUUGUAAAAGCAAGUGCCAGCACAAAGGACGUUCGGCAAUACAUCGUGUGCUGUGUGGUCAGAGGAAUGAACUUGAAACCUGGCAAUGCUUUAAAACGGUUCCUAGCUGCACAGACCAAGCUACAUGAUGAUAUAUGUGACAAAAGGACUUUAGCAACUAUUGCCACUCAUGACAUGCGCCUUGUCAAGGGACCUCUGCUGUAUGAUGCCAGACCACCCAAGGAUGUUAAGAUUGUACCAUUGGGGCGAAAAGAAAUUCUUGCAAAAGAUCUAGUUCGGCAGCUGCAGUUUGAGGCAGAAGAACAAAGGAAACAAAAAAAGAGACAAAAUGUAUCUGGACUUCACAAGUAUCUUCAUUUAUUGGAUGGUAAAGAAAAUUAUCCGUGCCUAAUUGAUGCAGAGGAGACCGUUAUUUCCUUCCCACCGAUCACCAACAGUGACAAAACAAAGAUAUGGAAAUCUACCCGGGACCUAUUUAUAGAAGUGACCAGCUCCAGCAGCCUUCAGAUUUGUAAAGAUGUCAUGGAAGCAAUUAUCAUUAAAAUGGCUGAGCUAAAUAAAUUCACUUUAGAGAAUAAAGAAGACGUUGUCUGUGACUCUGAACCAGAACCUGAUGUUGGCCAUCAAGUACCUGCAGCUUGUCAAAUACCUGAAACAGAGACUGGCACUCAACUUGUGGUGGAACAAGUACGGGUUACAGACAUAGAAGGAAAUCUCAAAGUUCUCUAUCCAUCGAAAACAGACCUGAACUUGGCCACAUCAUCCUUCUUGGUAGUCCGUUGAGUGCAAAUCAGUUUCCAAAAAGCAUUUUACAAGAUAGAGUAUUUAUUUGGCAUGUCAAAAUAUUUAGGGAAAUAACACCUGAUACACUCUAAUUUAUUUUAUUUACUUUUUAUACUUUGUUUUCCAUUCUUUUUAUAUGUAUAUGCCAUUGCAAGGAUUACGUUUUGCAACAAUUCUAUUAAAUCAGAAUAU